AUGCGUUUCCUCUUUUACGUUAUUCUUGUUAUAUUUCUAACUUCCACGUCCAUCUCAUCUUCCUAUGACGGUGGAAAUGAGACCGAUCAUCACGCUUUGCUCAAGAUCAAGUCAAUGAUCACUCGAGAUCCAUAUGGAGCUUUAACUUCAUGGAACACCUCCCUUCAUUUUUGUGAUUGGUAUGGUGUUAAAUGUGGGAAGCGACAUAGAAGGGUGACUUUUGUAGCACUACAGUCGCUGGGUCUAGAAGGCUCUUUGUCUCCUCAUGUAGGGAACCUCAGCUUCCUCCGUGUGUUUUCUCUCGCUAACAAUAGCUUUCAAGGAGCCAUCCCUCAUGAAAUCGGUAAUCUAAAUAGGCUGACUAUUCUUUAUCUUGGUGCAAACACAUUCAACGGAGUCAUUCCAACUAAUUUGUCUGGUUGUUUAAACCUUCAAAAGCUUGAUCUAUCUAGAAACAAGCUAGUUGGAAGCAUACCCAAAGAGAUCAGCUUCCUCUCCAAACUUUCUUUUCUUUCACUUGGUCUUAAUAAGUUAACAGGUGGAAUCCCGCCUUUCUUGGGGAACAUUACGUCGAUGGAAACGUUCAGUGUUGUUAGAAAUCCGGUGGGGUGGGAUCAUUCCAGACACCUUAGAAUUGCACCACUUUUAUAUCGUUUUGGCUCUAGCUUUUUGCAAGUUUCAAGGAGUGCUCCUAGAUCAAUUGGUAACCUUUCUGAUCAACUCGGGUCUCUGACUCUGUACGGAAAUAAUUUACAUGGAAACCUCCCCACGUCAAUUGGUAAUCUAGUUGGCUUGGCUGGUUUACAUUUAGGACGUAAACCAAUUCACAGGAAGCAUCCUUCAACCAUCGGGCAACUUCCUGAUGCCUUAGGGAACUUGUCAUCUUUACUCCAACUUUAUUUGUUUUCCAAACAAGUUAGAAGGGGUAACAUUCCUAGUAGCCUUGGUAGUUGUGGCAGCCUUACCAGUUUGUCCCUCAAAGGCAACUUGUUUCAAGGCAUGAUACCGCCAUCAUUAAGUUCCUUAAAAGGAUUGGUGGAACUCGAUAUUUCUCAUAACAAUUUAUCGGGCCAAAUUCCUCGAUUCUUGGAACGGUUCUUGUUUAGAAUAUUUGAACCUAUCAUAUAA